UCCGAAUUGAUUCUCUCACCCUUUCGUAUUUUCCCCUUCUCAAACCAAUUCCUUAGGACAGGGGAGCGUCCGGCAACAAACCAAAGCUGCACUUUCAAAGGCAAAGGUGCUCCACUUGGUCAUCCAUCUCGCCCCGUCACAAUCUCUCGCGACCACCCUUUUUUUUACACUCUUCCUUUCCACUGUCAGCUUUUCUCAUCACAUUCGCCGUUUCUUUCCUUCGGCGAAUUUAUCCCCAUUUCUUAUCUAUCGUGUGUCUCUUCGCCAGUUCAAUUGACAUUUUCCGUCAUCACUCGACGUAGAUUAUUUUCGCGAUAGACGCCGAGUUUACAUUCGUUAUAACAUUUAGUCCAGACUCCUUUAAUCAGUCAAGAUGGGUUGCGGAAUGAGUACGGAGGAGAAGGAGGGCAAGGCCCGCAACGAGGAGAUUGAGAAUCAGCUUAAGCGUGAUAAGAUGAUGCAGCGCAACGAGAUCAAGAUGCUUCUUCUGGGUGCUGGUGAAUCUGGAAAGUCGACAAUCUUGAAGCAGAUGAAGAUAAUCAACGAGGGCGGUUACUCGCGCGACGAGCGAGAGUCAUUUAAGGAAAUUAUCUUCAGCAACACCGUUCAGUCCAUGCGCGUCAUUCUCGAGGCCAUGGAAUCCCUAGAGCUUCCAUUAGAAGAUCAACGAAUGGAGUAUCACGUUCAGACCAUCUUCAUGCAACCCGCUCAGAUCGAGGGUGACGUGUUGCCUCCUGAGGUUGGCAACGCAAUUGAGACUCUGUGGAAAGACCGUGGUGUCCAAGACUGUUUCAAGCGGUCGCGUGAGUAUCAAUUGAACGACUCUGCAAGAUAUUACUUCGACAACAUUGCCCGAAUUGCUGCACCUGACUACAUGCCUAAUGAUCAGGAUGUCCUUCGAUCUCGUGUCAAGACAACCGGUAUCACUGAGACAACCUUCAUCAUUGGCGAUCUAACUUACCGAAUGUUCGACGUCGGUGGCCAGCGAUCAGAACGUAAGAAGUGGAUUCACUGCUUCGAGAACGUCACCACCAUUCUGUUCUUGGUCGCUAUCUCUGAGUAUGAUCAGUUACUCUUCGAAGAUGAGACAGUAAACCGUAUGCAGGAAGCUUUGACCCUAUUCGACUCGAUCUGCAACUCCCGAUGGUUUAUUAAGACCUCUAUUAUCCUCUUCCUGAACAAGAUCGACCGAUUCAAGGAGAAGCUUCCCGUCAGCCCAAUGAAGAACUACUUCCCCGACUACGAAGGUGGCGAUGACUAUGCUGCCGCUUGCGACUACAUCCUUAACCGAUUCGUCAGUUUGAACCAGCACGAAACGAAGCAGAUCUACACGCAUUUUACAUGUGCAACAGAUACGACGCAAAUUCGCUUCGUUAUGGCUGCGGUUAAUGACAUAAUCAUCCAAGAGAACCUGCGUCUAUGCGGUCUUAUCUGAUUGAGAAUAAGAGUGUCACAAGCACAAAAUCUAUUAUAGAGCACCAGCUCACCCAAUACCCCCACGGUACCGCAUACUCGACGGCUGCCAGUGAUGUUAUAAAUCUGGCUAACGACUUGACCUGCGCCCUCACCAUGAACUGGCCAACGAUCUCCUUCCGUGUGUUUGUUUUGCGCCCGUUUUCGUCUCACAUACUCCUUUUAUACUCUUUGGUACGGCCCCUACCGGCCUUGCGCGAGGAUUCAGGACACCGUUGAUCGCACGAUCCGGAAGUAGUGACAGGAAGGAGGACGUUUGCAUCUAAAGUCACGGCGGAUUACAUACCUUGUUUAAUAACGAAUUCGCGGUUACGCCGGUUCCUUUCCAUUUUCUUUGCUUUUCAUAUUUUUUUUUUAAUCUAAGGCGUAAUGAGUGCCUUAGUGGGAUGGUUGAAAUCCGGCCGGGAGGUGGAUCGUAGGCAGUUGCCUCUUUACACAGUAAGGAGAGGAUGACUGAUGAAGCUAUACCAAUAAGGGGGGGAAAGCGUGGAAAGGCAGAUCCUGAACAAUUGGUUGGAUCUGUAAAAAGAUCAAUAAAAGCCCAUCCCAUUAUUAUAAUCUGUAUACCCUCUGAGAGCUGUUAUCUUGCAGUUGGCGUUCGAUGAAUUGAGUGGCCAUAGAUCGUGUCGCGUUAACCAGGUGGCAUUUAAUUGUACAGUAUAAAAGACUUUGAUAUGAUGUUAAAAGUGAUGUCCUUCGA